AUGGUGUUCUUUAGUCUAACCCAGAUGAAAAACAAAGCAUUGAAGAUAGAGGAACUUGCUAAAGCGCAUACCUCCUCCAUGCUUUACAUUCUUCCUCCUGAGACGCUCAACACGGAUACAUCCCAGAGUCUCACAAAUAAUCAGGCAUCCCACAGUCUCACAAAUAAUCAGGCAUCCCAGCGUCUCACAAAUAAUCAGGCAUCCCACAGUCUCACAAAUAAUCAGACAUCCAAGAGUCUCACAAAUAAUCAGACAUUCCAGAGUCUCACAAAUAAUCAGACAUUCCAGAGUCUCACAAAUAAUCAGACAUCCCAGAAUCUCACAAAUAAUCAGGCAUCCCAGAGUCUCACAAAUAAUCAGGCAUCCAAGAGUCUCACAAAUAAUCAGACAUCCCAGCGUCUCACAAAUAAUCAGACAUCCCAGCGUCUCACAAAUAAUCAGGCAUCCCAGAGUCUCACAAAUAAUCAGGCAUCCCACAGUCUCACAAAUAAUCAGGCAUCCCACAGUCUCACAAAUAAUCAGGCAUCCCACAGUCUCACAAAUAAUCAGGCAUCCCACAGUCUCACAAAUAAUCAGGCAUCCCAGAGUCUCACAAAUAAUCAGACAUCCCACAGUCUCACAAAUAAUCAGACAUCCCAGCGUCUCACAAAUAAUCAGACAUCCCAUAGUCUCACAAAUAAUCAGGCAUCCCAUAGUCUCACAAAUAAUCAGACAUCCCAGAAUCUCAGAAAUAAUCAGGCAUCCCAGAAUCUCACAAAUAAUCAGGCAUCCAAGAGUCUCACAAAUAAUCAGACAUCCAAGAGUCUCACAAAUAAUCAGACAUCCCAGAGUCUCACAAAUAAUCAGACAUCCAAGAGUCUCACAAAUAAUCUGAUUGCUUUCAGAAAUAAAAAAAUAUAA